AAAUAUCCAUUCCAAACAAAUUCACUUUUUCUUCUAAUCCACAAAAGCGUACUUCUCAACAAGGGUUCGAUUCGCGCCUUCAAGAAACUAAGCCUCCUACCAUCACGUCUUCUCCCCAUCUUUGCCUUGUUCUGAGCUUCCAUUUUUACCGGUUCACCAUGACAAAUCGAUUACACGAAGAGGAGGAGGAUGAAGACCCGGUGAGAUAGUCCUUUAAUCUCCACCACCUCCGCACACUCUUAUCUCUGGUCUUAACCCUCCUCCUGCAGACCCCUCCGACUCCAUUUCUUCCCUGAUAACUCCCCGCCAUCGUGUAUCAACCUAUUUUCCCACUUCCUAUCUUCCCCCGGAAUGCAGUCCGUGUUGAUAGCAGCAGAGGAAUCGCAUGUUCUCCUCAGAAUAUUAAACAAUAGCUUCCAAACCCUAGACUCGGUAAAAGACAGCAUUUCUCACAUUUUUGCUAUUUUUUUCUGCUCCAUAUCCUUUGACAUUGGCGUAAUUGAUGCAAGGUUCCCUGUUUCAGUUUAUGGAAGUGAAUUAUGCAAUACUUGUUUGGAGUAAUAUUGAGCUUAUAGUUUCUGUGUGUAUGCCUUCUGCAACUGAUGUUCCAUAAGUUCCGCAGGCAAAGCAUAUCAUGGGAUGCUAUAGGCAGUGAAUGCUGUGACUUUGAAGUGAAAUAUAAUCGAGAUAUAACUAUAAUUAGUGCUUUAUGCUUGGAGGGUAAUUUGGGGGUAGCUCUAUCUCUUUGGUAUAUGAUGAUACAGAAAAGUGUUAUUCCUGAUAUUAUCACCCACAAUUAUCUAAUAAACUGCUUCUGCAAAACUGGUAACUUGGAUAAGGCAGAGUGGCUUAUCAAAGAGGUAUUUAGGGUUCCUCCUCCCAAUUGUGCAACUUACAACACUUUAAUAAAGGGUUAUUGUAUUCAGAAUGGUAUUGAAAGGGCUUUAAAUCUGUUUUCAACAAUGGCCAACAGUGGUAUUAUCCCAAACAGAGUUACCUGUAACAUUACUGUACAUGCUCUUUGUAAGAAAGGUCUGCUGGAGGAUUCAAGAAAGCUUCUUAUGGAAAUAUUAGGUGAUACUCACCGUAAGGACACAUCGAAUUUGAUAACAUCGACUAUAUUAAUGGGUGGGUCCUUUAACAAUGGACAUAUAAAUCAGGCUCUCACUUAUUUGGAUGGCAUUUUUUGCGGGAGUCUCCCAGUUGAUGCUGUUGCCUACAAUGUUGUCAUUCAUGGAUUCUGUUUGAUCAGAGAUAUAUCCAUUGCUUAUAAAUAUGUCUGCAAAAUGUUUACGUGUGGUUUUCUUCCUGAUAUAUUUUCUUCCAAUACUCUUAUUGGUGCUUUCUGUAAGGAAGGAUGGACCACUGAGGCUUGUUAUAUCUACAAUAUUAUGUCCAAAAUGGGUGUUUGUCCUGAUCAAAUCUCUUACAAGAUGAUUAUACAAGGGCUAUGUUUUCAUGACGAUGCAACAAAAGCUAAUCUGUUUCUUCAUGCUAUUUUAGAUAACUUUUUGCCUGAACCUCUCAUUUGGAAUGUCAUAAUUGAUGGUUAUGGGAGGUGUGGUAAUAUGCAAAAGGCAUUAUACAUCAGGAAUCAAAUGGUUGCCUUUGGAUUAAUGCCAAACACAUUUACUUAUAAUGCCUUGAUCCAUGCACAGAUAAAAGGUGGAAAUAUCGUUGAGGCACUUUCUUUGAAGAAGGAGAUGCUUCUAAAUGGUUAUUUUCCAGGCUUAAUUACGUACAAUCUCUUGUUGGGUGCCUCUUGCAUUCUUGGUAACAUUCAUUCAGUGCUGCAGCUAUAUGAUGAAAUAAUAAGAGGAGGUUAUUACCCAGACACAAUAACAUACACUGAGCCAAUUAAGUUUUACUGUAUACAAGGUUAUACAGAGAAGGCAGAAGAACUCUUGGAAAAGUUACAGGCUUUGGAUUUACAGGUUGACCAUGUUCCAUAUCUGAUACUCAUGAAAAAGUAUUGCAAGAUGAGGGAGCUAGACAAAGCAUUUGAACUUUAUCAGAAGUGGUUAUUCAGAAAGAGUUGAGAAUACCUUUAGUAUUGAUCAAUUGGUACUCUGGGCUGCAAAAAUUUUUCUGAUCAAUACAGCUCCCUGCUGGCAGUACAGUUCAUGCAUUACAUUAAUUCAUUAUCUGUUCAAAGGAAGGAUGGUUGAUAUCUUCUGCAAGUUGAUGAUCUCCACUUGAAGGUGUUUUGAUACCAGUUAUAUGCUUAUCCUUCCUAAGGAUUUUGAUUGAUUAAUCAAAAGUUGAUGGAUUGAAUUAGCUGAACUGCACGGAUUCAAAACAAAGUGGAUUCUCAGACAAUGAUAAGUCGUAAAGAACCAAUGGUUAACCAGCUAUAUUGUUAACACCAGGUAGAGUGCAGUUAGAUAGUGAAUCAGUAAACUCAGGCAGCCUGACUUUCACCUUUAGACUAUAGUCCCUGGGAGAAGCUGACCAGGAAACACAUGCCACGUUUGAUUAAAGGAGACUAUUGAUGGCCUUAGGUGUUGUUCUGUCAACCAUCUGUUUAGAAUUUUAUGGAACGUACAGAGAUUUCAUUAUACAGAUUCAAACUUUGCCAGUUGUCCUCAAGCUCAAGGAGAUAAUCCAUCCAGGGCUGUGAAUCUCCUUUUCAGCCACACCAGCUUUACGGAGGAAAUCUCUUUUUGAGCAUCUUUGUAAUGUUGACUGCACAGAUAUUGUUCAGGUUUGGCCUAGUUCUUCCAAUAUGUCUGUGGCGUGCCUCAUGAAACUCAGUUUUACCUGUCAAGAGCAGUGGACAAUGGGUAUCACUGAUUGCUUGGCUGUUGGGGAUGAGUUGGUUUUAUGAAUUGCAUCUUAUUGUAUUCUACAUGUUAGAGAUCAAUCACCGCAAUUGCUUUUCACUGGGUCUGUACAUCCAUCAUAUUCGUGCUGCUUCUGCUACUGAAGCUGAUGAGCAUUCUUAACGUUUUUGGUGGUGAUUCGUGGUUAGGAUUUUACUGUGGCACCAUGUACAGAGUGACCAUUCCUUUUCUCAUAAAAAUUUAGUGCUCAUUCAACUGCAGGUAGCUGAAGACCGCGGCAAAAUCUGAAAAUAUGCCUCAGAAAUUCCCUGCUUGCAAGAUAAGGAUACCAAGGUUCACAUUUGAUUCUUUGCCGUUGGUCAUCGUCCUUUACAUCAUCCCUAAUUUCAUGUAAUGAACCAUUCGCAGAAAGCUUGAUAGCGAACCUCCUCAACAAAAUGUAUUAGAUGGAGAUGUAAGGGCGGUAUAAGAUAAAUUUGAGAAUCUGUCAUGAAGCUGUGGAUAGAUAUUCGAUUGCUGAAGUUCUCUGUUAUUGUAGGUCAAUUUUGUUGGUCGUGACUUACUGCCUUUUUAUGUUAAAUUUGGAGCGGGCACCUUGGGAUAUUGAGGAUUAUUGGUCUUGCCAACCAUUUGGCUGGAAGUUAAGUGGGAGAAAAUACUUUUGCUUAGAUAUGCAUGGACAAUUUCAUUCAUUGUGAACCCUCUAUGCUUUCAUUCAUUUUUCUAUUUUGGACAAUUUACCCCAUAAAAUUAGGAAAAGAUUUCAUACUA